AUGGCUGCCGAGGACAGAGCAACGGGGGCUCAGGGCCCACUGGACACGGACACCGAUGAUAUCCAGGCAGUGUGUGUUGGCGCGCACUUGGGAUGGGCAGCCUCGCCAACGGUCAAAGAGGAACCUGAAGAGGUGCGUUGGGGAGCCCAGGAACAGGAAGAGUUGAUAAAGGCCGAGCCAUCACUCAACGUCGAGCGGGGAAACCACCUGCCAAGAGACCCCAUCCUGUGGGGCAAUCCGAAAGCUUUCCCCGAACCCUUUGAGGGAUCGGAUCGUUCUUGCAAAUGGCUGACCGCAGGAGAGUGGGGAACUUGGCAGACCUCUGUCGGUGGAAAGGAAGGAGGAGGAGAGUCCAGCAAGCCAAAGAGCAGCAACCGAGUCCGGAAGGGGUGCAGCAAAAGGAAGAAUGGCGUUCUUCCGACGGAAGCGGUCCAAGUGGAGGCCCAGCGGCGACAGUUCCGGCAUUUCCGCUACCAGGAGGCCAGAGGGUUGCACGAUGUGUAUGGCCGGCUCCGGGAGCUUUGCCACCGGUGGCUGAAGCCCGAGAGGCAUAACAAGGAGGAGAUCCUGGAGCUGGUGAUCCUGGAGCAGUUCCUGGCCAUCCUGCCCCCAGAGAUGCAGACCUGGGUCCGGGAUCGGGACCCUGGAAGCUGCUCCCAGGCGAUCGUCUUGGCAGAAGAUUUCCUGAAGAGGCACCAAGAGACACAGAGAUGGGGAGAGGAGGUGCCAGAUCCGCUUCUGGAAGGGUCGGGGAACUCCCCUAAGGAAGAGCAGGUUCCAUCAGAUGCCUGGAACUCGAUGCUUUUCACAGAGAUCAAACAGGAUGGCCAGAGUGAUGCUGUAUCAUUGGGUGGUGGUUCAGAGGCGGAGAACAAGGAAGUGGAACAAGAGGUGGUAGGCUCCGAGCAGGCAGAAUCACACUACACAUUACCAAGGAGGUCCCGGGGGAAUGUUCGGCUGAGGUGCGAAGACUUCGAGGAAGGGCGUGGAUCAAAACGAAAGCAGGAAGAGCCUCUGGUGAUGACGUGGGGUGACCCUGCUGGGCACACGGAAAGCGACGGGGCCGUUGUGGAAUCAGCGCUGUAUGGGCAGUCGAUCAAGCACUUGUGCCCCGAGUGCGGGAGGAAUUUCCAGCACAAAUGGACAUUAAGUCGACACCAGAAGAUACACACAGGCGAAAAGCCCCACGCGUGCCUGGAAUGCGGGAAAACCUUCCGCCGCAGGGACAAGCUGAUCCGGCACCAGCGGAUCCACACGGGCCAGAAACCCCACGAGUGCCUGGAGUGCGGGAAAAGCUUCCGGGAGCGAGGGAAACUGGUCGAGCACCAGAGAAUCCACACCGGCGAGAAACCUUACACGUGCCCUGUGUGCGAGAAGACCUACCGGUGGAAAGAGGAGUUCAUUAAGCACCUGAGAAUCCACACCGGGGAGAGGCCUUACGAAUGCCUCCACUGCGGGAAAACGUUCAUUAGCAAAGCGCACCUCGUGUCACACAACCGGUUCCACACAGGGGAGAAGCCCUACAAGUGUCCACAGUGCCAGAGGCGUUUCUGUAGCAAGCAGAGCGUCACCAGACACCAGAAAGUACACACGGAGAAAUCCUACAAGUGCCAAGACUGUGGGAGAACCUUCCAUUACAUAUCGAACUUCACCAAACACCAAAGAAUCCACCUGAGUGACAGAAUCCUAUAG